AUGGAAGCUAAGCGAGGCUCAACGGUCUCCGAGAUGGAGUUAUGCAAAGCAAGCAAAGGACUUCAUGCGACGAAAGAUAGUCGAGAGCAUUCAAAUUCACUUGAGUAUGACUCGCGAGUAGCUGAGAAGCUUGAGGCCAUGUACAACAAGUUCGGCGGUGACAUCGAAGCCAUUUUUAAGGAGCUCAACGAGAGUCCGCGCAAAGCUUUAAAGCAUUCACCAAAGUCGGCGGCUGAAUUUGGCAGAAAAUACGCCCAAGGCUUUUAUACAAUGGCGGAGGCCAAGUGA